UUUUGCAUGGCUUAAAAAGGUCAACGUGCAAAACCCAGGCAACGGUGAGAGCUAUCAGGAGCGGCUGUCUCGUCUAGAGGGUGAUAAAGAGUCUCUUGUGUUACAGACUCAUCAUCAUCUUGGAUGAGGCCGAUGACAGUGGUGUCUUCUGCAAACUUCAGGAGCUUGACAGAGGGGUCCUUGGCGAUGCAGUCUUUGGUGUAGAGGAAGAAGAGUAGUGGGGAGAGCACACAUCCCUGGGAGGCACCAGUGCUGAUUGUACAGGUGCUGGAAGUGAAUUUCCCCUGUCUCACAAGCUGCUGCCUGUCCGUCAGAAAGCUGGUAAUCCACUGACAGAUAGACGUGGGAACAGAGAGUUGGUGUAAUUUAGUCCAGAGAAUAGCUGGGAUGAUGGUGUUGAAAGCUGAACUGAUGUCUACAAAAAGGAUCAUUUCAUAUGUCCCUGGUCUGUCCAGAUGUUGCAGGAUAUGAUGCAAUCCCAUGUUGACUGCAUCAUCCACAGACCUGUUUGCUCAAUAAGCAAAUUGAAGGGGAUCUAGAAAGGGUCCAGUGAUGUCCUUCAGAUGGGCCAACACCAGUCUCUCAAAUGACUUCAUGACCACAGACGUCAGUACGACAGGUGAGUGUGUUGACAGAUCAGGUUGAAGCUCAAGGUGAGAAGAUCAGAGAUUUGGAGAGUUCUCUUGAGGAAUAUCAACACAAGCUCAACUCCACUGAGGAGAUGCUUCAGCAGGAGCUUGUGAGCAGGAGUUGUCUGGAGUCACAGAAGUGCAGUUUGAUGGAGGAGGUGUCCUGUCUCAAACACAAGCUGGUGGAUAUGGAGGAUAAACACAUUUCCAGUACUGAGAGGCAACAUAAAGCUGAGAGUGUAGUAAACCUGAUUAGUGAGCUGCAGGAGCAGAUGUGCAGGAUUCGACAGCAGAUCUCUACUAAGAGCCCUGAGAAGCCAGCAGAGAUGGACCCAGAAGAGGGUUUUGCCCAUGAGCCAACGCAAGCUGUUCUGACUGACCCAAAGCCAGCGAACCUGCUCCACAAACUUAAGAUGCUGAAGAAUCGAGUUGAACAGCUGGAACAUGAGAAGAUGCAGUAUGAAGAGAAACUCAAGGUCACACAGACAGAGAUCAUGAGUUUACAGCAGUUGUUGAGCUCUAAGAACGCUGAGAUAGAAAAUCUUCAGGCUCAGCUGCUCUGCAGAGCUCCAGUGUCUGUGGACAGUACAGAGAGAGAUCAGGAGCUCCAGAGAUUAAAGACAGGGAUAGAGUCACUGAUUGCAACCAAUGAUGAAAAGGAUCGUCGGAUAGAAGAACUUACUCUUCUCCUCAGCCAGUGCAGACAGAUCAGUGACAUCAUGACUUUAGUUCAAGUGUCUGCAGACAAAUCUGUUCAGAUCAGCAGUGAUGAGGGGAAGCAGAAUGGAAUUGUAAAGAUGAAGACUUUAAGACAUAAAGCUCAUCCUGAGAUGACAUUCAGUAGUUUAUCUCCUCUUCUGGUGUCCUCAGUUCAUUCACAGAAUAAUGCACAGAACUCUGGGUCCAUCAGUAUGGAGAACUUGAAAGGCUCAGCUCAAAAGGCAGCGAAUGAGAAACUAGUACAACCUGUUCUGACAGAGGAGACUCAACCAGCUGAUAACAGACAUCAGAUUUUUCCAGCAGUGUUGAGUUCCCCAGAGAAGAGAGACAGUAAGACGAGUGACACAUCCGACCAGAGAACUCCAGAGACGAAGGAUGAUAAAGAUAUCUUGUUCAAUCAAGAAAGAACUGCUGAUGUUGUUACACCUAUUAGAGGAAGCACAGAGAAAAUGAAGGAUACAACAUCAACUAAUCUGUCUUCUGUGUCGUCAGGAGUUGAGUCAGAACAGCAGUCUCCUGUGUUACAGGAAAACGUCAAAAAUACCAGCAUACGCAAACUGUGGGGAAAGAUCAAGAGGACGGGUGUGCUGUCCGAUGACCUGGAGCCCACUGCGUUCAGGAGAGGAGGGUUCAGGGCCACAGCGGGGCCCCGGCUGACACGGACCCCUGAAUCAGGAUGUUCAGCUUGUGCACACACCCCCUUCAGUAAGUGGAGCACAGAGCAGGUGUGUGGUUGGCUGGAGGAUUGUGGUUUGGGUCAGUAUGUCAGUCUGGCCCGUCAGUGGGUGGAAAGCGGACAAACCCUCCUUUCUGCCACCCCACAGGAGCUUGAGAAGGAGAUUUGUAUUAAACACCCUCUGCACAGAAAGAAGCUGCAGCUCGCUCUCAGAGCUUUCAGUAAUAAAUCAAUGGAGAAAUCUUCAGAGCUCGAUCACAUCUGGGUUACACGUUGGCUCGAUGACAUCGGUUUACCACAGUACAAAGAUCAGUUCUAUGAGAGCAAGGUUGAUGGCCGCAUGCUACAGUAUCUGACAGUUAAUGAUCUGUUGUUCCUGAACGUCACCAGUCAACUCCAUCAUCUGAGCAUUAAAUGUGCCAUUCAUGUGUUGCACGCUAACAAGUUCAACCCAAACUGCCUCAGACGCCGACCAGGAGAUGAGAAUAAGACGUCUCCCUCAGAGGUGGUGCAGUGGUCCAAUCAUCGAGUUAUGGAGUGGUUGAGGUCAGUGGAUUUGGCUGAGUAUGCUCCAAACCUGAGAGGCAGCGGUGUUCAUGGAGGACUGAUUAUCCUUGAGCCUCGCUUUAGCUCAGAGACAUUGGCUAUGCUCCUGAACAUCCCUCCACAGAAGACCCUCCUCAGACGGCACCUCGCCACCAACUUCAGCACGCUGGUGGGUCUGCAGGCACAACAGGAGAAACGGGAGUUUGCCAACGCCAGUGGGAAUUCACCCCUCACCAUCACUGCCAAAGUCAGGCCAAAGAAGCUUGGCUUUACCCACUUCAGACAGCUGAGGAAGCUCAGGACAGAGGAUUCAGCAGAUUAUAUCUGCCCCAUGGAGACAGGAACUCCCGUCCUGAGUGCAACACCAAAGCGGCCUUAUGAAAGCUUCAGGGGCAUGAGCCCCAUCCUGGACAGAGACUCAGACAGACUGGAGCAGGUCGGGUCAAAGAGUUGAUUCAUUGUGUCUGUCAUUCAACCAAACAAAGCAAAACAACAGUAACUGCAUGUUGAGGAACCAAACAACAGGCAUUAAGAGAGGCUAGAAUUCAUUCUCGAGCAUAUCACCUGGAUAUGCUGCAUAUGACUUAUGAAUUACUUUCAAAAGAGAUGGAUAUUAUUAUUGAGUUGGAUUUGGAAAGCUGAAAUGCCAAAAUAUUUCCUGGAAUACUUUAUUUGUUACUGUAAUCUACAAAACCAAAUACAUAAUUUUAAUAAUUUUAACAAUUAAUUUAUACCUAUUUCUGGCAAACAGAAUGAGUUUUGAAAUGUCUAAUCAUUUUGUUAUUUCUCUCUUUCUUUCAUUGUAUGUAUUAUUUGCUCAUGCUUUGUUAAAAUGAUUCAUUCAAAGGUAAACCAUUAUGAAAAUAAGACAUAAUUAUUUAAAGGUGCACUCAGUAACUUUUGUCUUUGUGUCUUGGACUUACACUGACACCUAGUGGCUUGGAUGCAGCAUCAUUUAAAAUCAAUAGUUUUCAGUUUCAGAUGCCAUUGUAGAAAUGUAGUAUUCACAGUCAGCCAUGAUUACUUUAAUCAAUGAGUGAAAGUGUAAAAUAACAGGAUGGAUGCUGAGAUUAAGCGAGUAGUAUUCGGCUGGUCAUGUGAUUCUAACAUGUGCGGACCCUCUCCAUGUAGAAUAAAACAGCUUUUAUAAGGUUACUGAUAUGACUGGAGUCUUCAUUUUAAUGUGAGUGCUCAUGAUUUCCUACAUAUAUUGCAAACUUACAAUUCAUGUCUUUAGGAGGUUAACUUUUUAAAAAAUCACCGAGUGCACCUUUAAAUGUAAAUGAUGCAGAGCAUAGAAAAAUCAUAUUAUAUGCCGGAAUAACUGGGUGAAUCUUUCCAUUUCACCCUAAAAUCAAAACUCUGAAAAAAAUCUAUUAUAUUUUGCCACAAGAAAAUGCUAUCUAUUUUAAGGAUCAUUAAGAUUUUUUGCAUUGUGACAUAAUUAAAUUCACAUUUCCCCCCAAUUCUCAUUACCUUUAUAUGCACACACACACACACACACACAGUAUAUAAACAUGUUAAUUACUGUAAUACAGUAAAAAAAAAAAAUACUGCAUUACGGUAAUGAGAAUAUGCUUUCUGAAAUGAUGGCAUAUUUAACCGAAAUUUUCAGUUUCUCUAAAAUAAUAUUUUAUUCAAUUAAAUUCAAAUAAAUCUUACUAUUCUAAUAGGAAACUCUCUCCUACCCAUAAGUGAUGUGGACAUGCAAGUAAGUUUCUUUUGUGAAGAUUUUUAUGUUCUUUAUGUUCAAAUCAACACUUAAUAGGGGAGACCGGAGUCACAUGGGCUAUAUCUCAGUAACUUAAAGGUUUCUGAUUUAAAAGUCCAAUUGCAAAAUGAGUUCAAAACUAGUCAGAUAUUUCGGAAAGUUACAUUUUGCUGCUUCAUUAAUCAUUUUGAGCAUUUUAUGCACUGAGAAGCCAUUAGAUAGCCUUUAACAGCCUGUUUAAUAGCCGGUUCCAUUGUCAUAGCUUACCCCCAUAUAGUGUGACAACAUGCCCCACUAAUGACAUGUUGUUCUCUUAUUUUUCUAUUUUUUUUUUUUCCCCUGUAGUACCGGUGGACAUGUUGGAUAUAUUUUUUUCUGGUCAAGACUCAGAAUCAGAAUGAGCUUUAUUGCCAAGUAUGCUUACACACACACAAGGAAUUUGUCAUGGUGACAGAAGCUUCCAGUGCAAAGAGAAUGCAACCAUAUAUACAAACAUAUAUAUUUAAACAUAUACACGAUAUAUAACCAAUUCCUAAAAAGUGUGACAUCCAAGAAGUAACAAUACUUCGACUCUUUAUUCACCAUGACGGGAAGACAAAUAAAUAAUUAUUUAAAAUAAUUUCAGAAAAAAACUUGUCUAUUUUUGCAUUUAAAAAAUGUCUUAGAAAAGCUGUCCCUCACAAAGAAAACAUAAUAUUUUGGGGUUUCCAAGCGAUUUUAAACAUACAAAGCCAGUUAGUGCAAAUCAUUUUACAUCACUUAUUUUAUAGAACAUAUAUAAAUCAAUCAAAUGUUUUGUGUGUAAACAAUUCUUGUUUUGAACAGAAUAAUAUAGCUUCCCGUUAUAUUUACAGAUCACGACUCAUUGUGUGCUAUUGUAUACCACAAUAUAUUUACAUAUAUUACAAUAAUUCUCAAGUUGGCUGUUCUCUUCAUUAGCAUUAGCCGUACAAUGACCCGAAAUAAAAGU